AUGCCUGGGCUCAAUACUACAUCGGUUCUACACCCGGGGACUUCACGACCCGAAAUCGGAAUCAUUCGUGAUCAGCAGUCGUGUCUUCCCUUGACAAGGAUACUCGACGACAAUGAUCAUGUGCUCCUUUUAACACCAGUCGUGGUACCAUUUCGACCAGAGUUCGACAAAGGAGGCGAUCAUUUCGAGCCGUUGGGCCGGGCCAUCAGUAUGAGACACCCGCCGGUGUACCACGUGCCAUAUAAUUGUCGCAAUGGCAUCACGGAAACGCACGUACCUUUUAUUAGACGCGCCAGAGUAAUCAUAUUCGUUAUAUCGGGAGCGGCGGCUGCUGGGCAGCCUUCGCAACUUGAUGCCGCCAAUAUCGCAAGGAAGAUGGGUGAUCAUUGUCCUCAGGUAGUCGUGGCAUGUCAAGAUGCCCAAGCCCUGGGUCUACUGGAGGAAUCAUUUCCUACAGUGCUACAAUUGCCCGGAUAUUCCCCAGAACACCUCCAAGCUGCGGCGGCUGCUCUCUUUGGCGAAACUGUCCCCCCAGCAGUUGGUACUGCGAGUGAGCAAAAUUCGGCUAAGGCUCCAAUCCGGUGGGAUGUGGAAGAGUUGAAUCCGAUGUAUCUCAAUGCCACGCCUAUACAAGAGCUAUGGGCUGAGUGUCUUCCCGCUCAAUUUCAGCUGGACGUUUUUGGUCUUCGUACAGUGCUUGAUCGCAAGGGCUGGGCCCGACAUUACGCGGUCAAAGGUUCUAGCACAGGGGAAAUGGUUGGCUUUUGUGCUACGUUCGUGACGUUCUACGGCAACAGUGCCGAUCAAGAUCUGGUUGGGUCCCUGGCUGUACUCAUCGUGAAGCCAGCAUACAGAAGGCGAGGCAUAGGAUUGGCACUCCACAACCACGCUGUAGAUGAGUUAGCUGCCACGGACAAUGUGGUUCGAGUGCAGCUCGGCAGUACAUUUCCUCGACUGUUUUGUGGCGUACCUGUCGACUUCGCUUCCGCAGCUUGGUUCAGGCGACGCGAUUGGAAGAUGGACGGCCAAAAUCCGGGCAGCGGACAAGAAGUAUGUGACUGGCUGUUGAGAAUCCAGGACUGGCCCUCUCCAGGGGAGGCAUUGCCAGACUUCAGUUUUCGACAAAGUUCGUGGCAAGAGCUAAGGACUGUCAUGGAAUUUAUCGGGGAGGAGUCGAAGCAUAUUGAACAAAUGGGACUACACGAUCAAUAUUCCAGCUACCUCGAAUAUGAAAGCAAUGAUGGGGACAUCAUAUUGGGAUUGCACGGGACGGUCAUCGUGGCUACAGCGAUAAUCUAUAUCCCCACUUCCGGAAAUCCCAGCGCCAACGACUUGCCCUGGUCGCGCAUGAUAGGAUCGGAUGUUGGGGGUAUUACCUGUAUAUGCGUUUCAUCCCAAAAUCCGGCUCUUGCGAAUAGCAGAGACUCCGUCAUGAUCAGGCUCUUAGACGCGUGUAUUAGUUCGUUACGGAACCGAGGGAUGCACCGCGUAUUUCUUGAUAGAGUCAGAGGAGGUAGCGAAGGGUUCCAGCAGUUGGGGUUCCAGAAAUGGGCAAGAUACCACGAUGUGUGGCGACAGUCGUGA